AUGGAGGCGGAGAGGCAGGCAGCGAUGGAGGCGGAGGAGGCCAAGAGGGAGGCAAUAAGGAAGGCAGAGAAGGAGAGGGAGCGGCGGAGGGAGAUGAGCAAGCAAAGGAAGGCGGAGAAGGAGGCAAAGAGGAAGCAGAUCCUGCAGAACAAGGCGCCCAUUGUGGAGAAGGAGGAGCGCAUUGUGGAGGAGCAUGCUGAUGAGCAGGAAGCAAAAUCCCCAGCGGAGCAGCUUAAAGAGCGGAUGGAUAACCAGCUGGGUUUGUUCGCAGGCCGCCGUAGAGCAUGGGAAUACUCAAGUGGCAGCAAGCCGGGUCAGUGCGGUGGAUUCAAAUAUAAAACUCUAUUGAGUCCUAUGCAGUUUACGCAUUGCAUACCCGGUAUCAUCCCGCCCCGUGCCGCUGUUAUUGAGAGCUCCUUGCAGAUCUACUCCUUCAAAAUUACUGGACUAAGUGGCGACCUGAAAUGGCCACUCAAUGUGUAUGGUGUGGUCGCUGCCCGAGACACCGUGGACCACAACCGCAACCUUCUCUUCUCUCAGUCAAGUGUUAUGUAUCAACUACUUACAUCUGAAAAUGACUGUUCUUUGUGCUUGACUGGCCCGUCACGUGCUAUUUUAGCCGUGGACCCUGUUGACUUUGAAGUUGAGCUGCGAGUACAUGAUGGCUAUGAUUUUAGAGGUGAUGGGAUCAAUGAUAGAGAAUUGAUCUGUGUUAGCAACCGCUACGAGGUCGUACCCAGCGGUGAGAUUCAACGUUUAACCUUCUAUAGUCCGUUGUGUAGAGGAGUGUUGAGCCUUGAACGACUUUCUAGUACGGUCCAGACAACUAUCUUGUCGAUUCAUGUUGUCGGAGAGGGUCAUCCUUUUAAAUCUGGAGGGGAAGUUUUUUGUUGGUCAUCUAGUGCAGAUGGUAGUUCUACUAUACAUGAGAAGGUUGUGCUGUUUCAUUCUCUUGAAGGAAUUCCUCAAGAAGAUGAUGAGUUAGAUCUAGAUGGUUACCUCCCUCUGUCAAGAAACGUCGUUUCGGUUGAAUCUGGAGGAGGGUUGAAUGUUGUGGUAGAAACGUAUGGGGGAUCUUCUACAUCUACUCAUGUCUACUUCCCUUGUGAGAAUUGCAACAUCAGUCAGCGUACAUGUUUGGUUUGCGGCUCUGAGGUGGAGAUCACUGUUGCUUGGUCCCGACUUGUCCGCGACAAGAUGGACCUUUUGAUUGAUGGAUAUACUACCCAGGUCUAG